AUCUUUUGUUUUUAUUCACUAGAUAUGGUGAUAUGGUGCCAAAGACAAUUGCAGGGAAGAUAUUUGGCUCGAUCUGUUCCCUAAGUGGUGUACUCGUUAUAGCGCUUCCAGUUCCCGUGAUUGUUUCCAACUUCAGUCGGAUUUAUCACCAGAAUCAGCGAGCAGACAAACGAAGAGCACAAAAGAAAGCCAGACUUGCUCGAAUAAGAGUGGCUAAAUCAAGGACUUCACAUGCUUAUCUUCACUGCAAACGGAAUGGCAUUCUAAAUGAUGCACUGGAGUUAAUGGGUUCCACAGACGAUGAGCAGCAUAUGAGCAAAUCAACCUCACUAAUAGAAAGCCAACACCACCACCUACUGCACUGUCUGGAGAAAACAACUGGAUUGUCCUAUCUUGUGGAUGAUCCCCUGUUAUCAGUACGAACCUCCACCAUCAAGAACCAUGAGUUUGUGGAUGAGCCAACCUUUGAGCAAAACUGUAUGGACAGCUCUCUGCAAAACUAUUCAACAACACGGAGCCCUUCACUGUCCAGUAACCAGGGACUGACCACUUCCUGCUGCUCACGUCGCAAUAAGAAAACAGCACAUCUCCCUAAUUCUAACAUGCCAGCUACACGCUUAAGAAGCAUGCAAGAGCUAAGUACAAUUCACAUCCAAUGUAGUGAUCAGCCCUCACUUACAUCAAGCCGUUCCAGUUUAAAUGUGAAGCCAGAUGAGGGAAUUAGGCCAAACUGUCAAAGUUCUCAGAUAACGACAGCAAUAAUCAGUAUCCCUACACCGCUGGCAGCAACAGUAGAAGAACACAGAUCCGUGGGUUCCAGCCAGUCUACAAACAUUAAUACUACUAGUGGAAGCAUUGUAAAGGUUUCUGCAUUGUAAGACAUUCCACAAUACCCUGGCUGUAGCUGUGGAGCCACUGUAUCCAUCUGCUGCAAUACGUGCCUGGAAGGAUGGUCCAGCAUCAUUUUGCACACCUACUGACAAAGACUUUCAGAGCUUUGUUGGGGUUGGUAUAUAUAUGCCAUGACUUACAGUUGCCAGACAUUUGUUUAGUAGACAGGUGGUGAAAAGUUGCUGGAGAAUACUGGGAAAUUGUUAAUGGCAAGAUGGUAGCUGACAAAAAAUUAACUGCUUUUCCACUGUGUACUAGCAUCUUUUUAAGACAAUUAUUUUUGUUUUGUUUUCAAUGGAUAAUAUUUAUUCAUAUGAUGGAACAAGUAACAAGCAAUGGUUUUGCAAAGAAAACUGUGAACAUUUUCUUCAUGGAAGAGAAUCAUAAUCAACCAAAAUGUAAGCAUUUCCUUUUAUAGUGAAAAGUUAAAGAAGACAUUGUUAACAGAAUAGAAUCACUUUACUCUGUGAGAGAUGCACAUACAGAAGUACAUAGACUGUAUGGUAAACGCUUCUUGGCACAUUAACAAACUUGGCACACCUUAGCAAUCUGCCACAGAGUCACUCAUUGCUGGUGUUAUUCAGGCAUCGUUUUCUAGGAGCCUAUCAAGCUGAUACAGUGCAGAGUGUGUAUGUCUGUUAAGUAUUGUCUGUGAAAAAAAUUGUGAAUUUUUCAUGCUUUUGGUAGUCUUUAGUCUCAUAUAUUUUCUGCUUUAUAUUUUUAUUAUAAACAGUACAAGAGUGUGAUUAGAUUCAAAGAAUAUUCUGUAUUUUUAAGAAAAAUCUAAAUCUAAAAACAAAUGUCCUUUGCUUAUUCUUGCACUUACCAUUAUAAGCAGAGUGAAAAGAUAUGGGAGAGCAACACUGUUUCUUGUAGUCUGUGUCUAUGAAAUGUAUAGUUAUUAAUCAUUUUGUGAUUUUCUACACAGCCAACUCCUUGAUCAGAAUACUGUACAUAUUUUUAAAUAUAGUAGUCCACAUUAGAUUGGAGUUGCUGACAGAGUGGGUCAUUUUCCUUUUAGACCAAACUUGAGAGGCAAAUUGUGUUUACUCCCUGGCUCCCAACAUUAUCUGCAAAUACGCUGCAGGGUUUCAUUAGUGAUGGAAGUUAUUGCCACUUCCUUUCAAAAAUGACUACAUAGAAACGUUGUUUCUAGCUGCUUCAGUCUAGAAAAUCAGUCACUGUACUGUGAAGCUAUAUAUGGACUGGCAAACAGACGUUAUAAAAGCAAAAUGUGAAUAGACCUAAAAAUAGCUCAGCUUUUGUCAUAUCAAUUAGCAGUGACAUUUUUAAAUGAUCACAUCAGCCUGACAUCUUUGUUAAACAAAAUAGUCAGAAAUAAGAUUCUACCCAUGAGCUGUACAGCUAAUUUUCAUGUUGUGUCUGUAAGAUUACCAUUUCUUAAGCUUUAUGUGUAGUGACUGGCAGAGAUUUAAAACAAUCAUUAAAAUUAUAUGUUAACAUCUGGGGGAAACUAUAAUCCAGACUCAUUUUAAUUAAUCUCAGUCAGUAUCUUCUUGCUGCUUUCCAUUAAAUGUUCCUUUAAUUAGCUGUAAUCUCAAAUUCCCAUACUUAAAUUAUACAUUUAGAAGGCUGAUUUUUAUGCCAGUGGAUUAGAAUAGAGUGUAUUAGGAUCAAUGAUGCAUCUUGUUUUAAAUAUUUUAAAAACAUUCAAGUAAUUUGUCUCAGAAGUGAUUAAAUAGUGAACCAGUUUCAGAAUAAUUAUGCCAAAUGUAUAGGUAAUAGGUCCAAACAAAAACAUUUCUGCUCUAGAUAACGUUUGCCACCUUACCUUGAAUAUGCAGUAUUUAGUUGGCUUGAGCUGAUAUGUUUUAGUGUGAUCAAAUUAUGUUAUGCAGCAUCAAUAGUUUUAUUUUCCUACUUGUAAGCAUUCCCAAGAACUUUGUGAUUUAUUUAAUGUUUUGUUGUAGGGCACAAUGCCAGGACUCUUAAGACAUGUUUAUGUUUAUAAAUGUAAGUGGAUUUUGCUUAUUAGCAUCAAUAAAAACAACACAAAUGUGUGGUUUCUGGACAAAACAGUUACAUUUGAAAUACUUAGUUUCUUGUCUUACAGUUUGGGUUGUAGUGCAUCUGUUGGAAGUUGUAUAUCAUUUACAGUAAUCUGUCUUGUGCCACUGCUGUACCUGUGCCCAAUCUGGAUUAAAGUAUUUGCCACAAAUAAA